UGUGUGCAGACUGCUCGGUUCAUAGUAUGUCUGAUGCGGGUUUUUUUCUGCUUUGUGGCUCCAGUCCUGGUAGUCUCGGCUAUGUGGCACGACCGACGUCAAAAAGGGUCAAAACGCUGUCUGGAGUCGUGUUUUCAACGCCAGUUUAGUUUCUAAUUAACGAGCCACGUUUGUUACCGUAACCUCGUGGACAAGGUCAGCAGUCAGAGGGGGGAAAAAAACAAAAAACAAAGUCUUCCACAAAUAGCACACACGCAGCCACUGCGUGGAAAUACCGAGAUUUGUUUUGUUUCAAACGUCGCUGCUUGUUUUUUCCCCCCUCAUUUCUCAUUUGUCUGGUUGCGGCGACCCCGAGCCGGACGGACCGGUAUGUGAGGAUAAACCAGCCCGCCGGUGGUCGCCCUGGUAACGGCCCGGGAUGCUGACGGUCGCCUGGGUGCGGCUGACGCGCAGGACUAAAGAAGAGGCUGCUUUUCCUUUUUCUUUGCUUUUUUAAUUUAUUUCUUUAUUUUAUUUUUUUGUUGCUUUAAAAAAAAAAAAAAAAAAAUCUCGGUGGAGAUGACCAAGCCCGAGGCGCGGAAAGGCGGCGUGGCCGCGCUGGAGCAGCUGAAGAACGGGUCGCUGGAGCCCGCGGGGCCGGACAGAGCCCGGGUGAUGAAGCAGAGCUCCAGGGACGCGCUGCUCCGCAGGGAGUGCGAGGUCUACGACGACGGCACCAACACCUUCUUCUGGCGAGCUCACACGGUGACGGUGCUCUUCAUUCUGACUUGUGCUCUGGUCUACGUCACGCUGUUGGAGGAGACUCCUCAGGACACGGCCUACAACACUAAAAGGGGGAUUGUCGCCAGCAUCCUGGUGUUCCUCUGUUUCGGGGUGACUCAAGCCAAAGAUGGACCGUUCACCCGACCACAUCCAGCUUACUGGCGGUUCUGGCUGUGCGUCUCCGUCGUCUACGAACUGUUCCUCAUCUUCAUCCUGUUUCAGACGGUGCACGACGGACGACAGUUCAUGAAGUACAUCGACCCCAAGCUGGGGGUUCCCCUGCCCGAGCGCGACUACGGAGGAAACUGCCUCAUGUACGACCCGGGAAACACUACGGACCCCUUCCACAAUAUCUGGGACAAGAUGGACGGCUUUGUUCCAGCUCAUUUCCUGGGAUGGUACAUCAAGACGCUGAUGAUCCGGGACUGGUGGAUGUGCAUGAUAAUCAGCGUCAUGUUCGAGUUCCUGGAGUACAGCCUGGAGCACCAGCUGCCCAACUUCUCAGAGUGCUGGUGGGACCACUGGAUCAUGGACGUGUUGGUGUGCAACGGUAUGGGGAUCUACUGCGGCAUGAAGACGCUGGCUUGGCUGUCCAUGAAACCGUACCAGUGGCAGGGCCUCUGGAACAUUCACACAUACAAGGGGAAGAUAAAGCGCAUAGCAUUCCAGUUCACUCCGUACAGCUGGGUGAAGUUUGAGUGGAGGCCGGCGUCGAACCUCCGCCGCUGGCUCGCCGUGUUGGGAAUCAUCUUCAUGUUCCUGCUGGCGGAGCUGAACACCUUCUACCUGAAGUUCGUGCUGUGGAUGCCUCCGGAACACUACCUGGUGCUGCUGCGCCUCGUCUUCUUCGUCAACGUGGGCGGCGUGGCCAUGAGGGAGAUCUACGACUUCAUGGACGACCCGAAGUUCCACAAGAAGCUGGGUCAGCAGGCGUGGCUGGUGGCGGCAAUCACGGUAACAGAGUUCCUCAUAGUGGUCAAGUACGACCCAAACACCCUCAUGCUGCCCAUCCCCUUCUUCGUCACGCAGUGCUGGUUGUUAGGAAUCCUGCUCAUAUUCAUCUGGACGCUGUGGAGAUUUUUUAUCCGUGACAUCACACUCCGCUACAAAGAGACCCGUCGGCGCAGACAGGAAGCGCCGGGCGAGUGGGACCGCCCUCUGACGGCCGGCCCGCCCACGCCCGCCCCGUCCGGCCGGAGCAAACUCAACGGCAGCUCCGACGUGCUGCGGCAGAGGAAGUCCUGAGAGGAGGAGGAGGAAGAGGAGGA